AUGAGUACAGAGUCUGGACCGCGGUACGACCAGGAGCAGCUGCGAUCUAGCAUUCAAGAGAGCCAGUUUGAGAGUAAUCUCCUCGUGGGCUUGGGUGGAAAUGCGGCGCAGAGGCCGCAGGUUCCUACAAUCCACACCGCCGUUGCGGACCCGGUGACACCUGGACGGGGGUACCUGGAGACAACCAUCGGCUGGGUCGGAAGUGUAGAUAUGUCUGCUGCUGCCAGCUGUCUGCCGACUGAAGAUCAGUUUCUGUGCUCCAUCUGUCUGGAUGUGUUCACUGAUCCAGUCGCCAUACCAUGUGGACACAACUUCUGCAAAACCUGCAUCACUGAACACUGGGAUAUUAAUGUCCCAUAUCAGUGUCCCAACUGUAAAAAUGUUUUCAACACAAGACCUGAGCUGCAGGUGAAUACUUUCAUCUCUGAGAUGGCUGCUCAGUUCAGACAGUCAGCUCAACAGAAAGCCAGCAGCAGCAGCUCAGAGCAGCAAGUUUCUGAACCAGGAGAAGUUCCCUGUGACAUCUGCACUGGAACCAAACUGAAGGCCCUGAAGUCCUGCCUGGUGUGUCUGGUCUCCUACUGCGAGUUUCACCUGGAGCCUCAUCUGACGAUGUCAGGCCUGAAAAGACAUCAGCUAAUCGACCCUGUGGAGAACCUGGAAGACAGGAUGUGUCUGAAGCACGAUAAACUGCUGGAGCUGUUCUGUAAGACCGACCAGACGUGUGUUUGCAUCCUCUGCACUGUUUCAGACCACAAGACACACGAUGUUGUUCCUCUGAAAGAAGGAUAUGAAGGAAAGAAAGCCAAGCUUGAGGGUGAAAUUCAGCAGAUGAUCCAGAAGAGACGACUGAAGAUUGAGGAGAUCAAACACUCAGUGGAGCUCAGUAAGGAAGAUGCAGACAGAGAGACAGCAGAUGGUGUUCAGGUCUUCACCGCUCUGAAGGAGUCUGUUGAGAGAAGCCAGGCCGAGCUCAUUGACACGAUCAAAGAGAAGCAGAGAAAGACAGAGAAACAGGCUGAAGGCUUCAUCAAAGAGCUGGAACAGGAAAUCUCUGAGCUGAAGAAGAGAAGCACUGAGGUGGAGCAGCUCACACAGUCUGAAGACCACCUCUACCUCCUCCAAAGUCUUCUGUCUCUGAAUGCUGCUCUACCCACAAAGAACUGGACAGAACUCAACGUCCGACCGCUUCAUGAGGGGACUGUAAGAAGAGCUCUGCAUCAGUUGGAGAAGACGCUCAAUGAAGAGAUGAAGAAAGCACUAAAAACUGAGCUGAAGAGGGUCCAGCAGUCUGCAGUGGAUGUGACACUUGAUCCUUGUACAGCACAUCCCAACCUCACCGUGACUCAUCAUGGAAAACGAGUCCGACAUCUUGAUCAAAGGAAAAAUGUCCCAAACAAUCAGGAGAGAUUUAAUAGAAGUGCUUAUGUCUUAGCAAGCCAGAGUUUCUCUUCAGGGAGGUUUUAUUAUGAGGUAAGCGUUAGACCGGAUACUGACUGGACAUUAGGAGUGGCCAGAGAGUCGAUCAACAGAAAGGGAAAUAUUUUUUUGAGCCCUUCGAAUGGGUGCUGGGCAAUAUGUUUGAGGAAUGGAGAUGAGUACAAAGCUUUUACUGAGUAUACAGUCCAGCUCUCUCUGAAGUCUGAUCCUGAGAAGGUGGGGGUGUUUGUGCAUUAUGAGGAGGGUCUGGUCUCCUUUUAUGACGUGAAGGCUGCAGCUCUUAUCUACUCCUUUACUGGCUGCUGCUUCACUGAGGAACUCUACCCAUUCUUUGGUCCCAGUGACAAUGAAACAUCUACUUAUCUGCAUAUCACUCCUGUCUAGGGGUGCAAUGGUACAAAAAAAACAUGGUUUGGUAUGUAUCUUGGCUUACGGUUACAGUCUUUCUUUUGUUUUAGCAGGGAAAACAAAAAUAAUGAUAUUAAUAAUUAAUUCAUUUAUCAUCCUUCACCUCUUGCUGACACAUAGAGAUAGACAACCAUUCAUGCUCAUAUAUAUCACUCCUACAGGCAAUCCAACCUGAGCUUUCUUACCACUAUAUACCACAUAUUUGAAAUAUCAACAUCCCUACUCCUAUCAGCAACACUGAGCAGAACAACCAUUUGAUUUUCUACUAUUUGUCAUUUAAUGCAAAGAAAAUGUAAAUAUUAAACGUAUUAUGUGUAUUUUUUGUUUUCAUCAGAUGCUGAUUAAUAAUGUGCUGCUUUAAUUUUUUCUUUUUAAUGUUUUGAUAUUACUCCAUAUACAGUUAGUCUUUGUUCUGUGUUACAUGUAGUUUUGGCCUUUUCCAUUCUUUUUAGUUUUUCUUAAGAUUUAAUAAGUAACAUUCCCAUAUAUCACACUCUUUAUAUACUUUAACCUCAUACAGUUUAAUAUUAAGUAAAGACAAGUUUCUCUUCCAUGAUAUUUUUUAAUCAGUAAUCCCACCAUCCCCAUUCCACCUGAUAUUUAUUGGAUUAAUAGAUUGGCACUGUGUCUCUGUGUACUUCAGGCUCCUCCUGCUGUUGUCUGAAGUAUCUCUGGGACAAUACCACUUUUAGACAGUAAAUGACAGAAAGCACACUCUAAUUUGACUGAAAGCCUACGUAAGCCAAAACUAUUAUGUUGACACAAGAAACUUUAAAAACAAACUAAUUGAGAGGCGAUCCAUCAACAAGUCAGUCAUUUCUACAGCAAGUAAAGAAAUAAAUGUAAACAUUAUAGAAAACCAAGAAAUUGUCACUCACUGAUUAUGAUAAUGUCUUUUUUCUUGUAAAUAAUGUCUAUACUGUGUUAUUAACUCAUGA